AUCGCCACGGCCGACAUGGACCAUGCCCAGCUGGAGGCCUUUCUCACCGCCCAGACUAGGAAGCAGGGGGCGGGCGGCGUCGACCCCGAGCAGGCCGCCGCCCUCGCUCGCUUCUGGAAGAGCCACCGUGUCCGCGUGAGGGAGAGCCUGCUGUCCCACAGCCGCUGGGAGCCUGGACUCAGGGGUCUGUCCUGGAGGGUGGACCUCCAGACGGCGGCCGGCAGAGGCCCCCUGGCUCUGAUGGAGAUGGAGCUGGGCGGUAGCGGCGGCCAGGACUCUCAGUUUGUGUGUGUGGAGAUGGACGAGGACAAGGUCCACGAGGUGCUCAAGAAGAUGGCCGAGGUCCAGGCCAGCAUUGACGCCAUCCUUCAGCGCACCUGACUCGCCCGUUUAGACCGCCUAGUCCUGACUAAGCCAGACUCAUAUGUGACGAUUCCAGAGACAAUGCAGAGCCUCGCUGACCAUUCCCCAACCUUGAAGACCUGGACAACCUGAGAACAAAAACUAUUAAGACCAGCUCCGUGGUUGUUGUUGUUGUCAUGUGACUUCAAUAAACGUC